GAACUACAGAGAAACUGGGAGCUAUCAUCGGUCGUGAUGGAACGAAAAUUUUUUGGCUGAAUCGUUUCCUCUCUAUCGUCGUUGUCUCAGGCGUCUCUGUGCCGCACUCUGAGAGACUCGUGAAAAAUAUUAUUUGGGUAAUUUUUUUGUGCUCCUUUUUUUUCUUCGCGAAGGUUAUUUAAAAAUGGCGGAUACGACGUCUUCCGACACUACCUCAGAGUAUCACGACGAUGAUUUAUCCGAUGUCUCCGCCGAACGUGUAUCAAAUCACGUUGUUGUGGGCCAAAAGCCAAGAGCAUCGAAUCGCCUAAAUGAAAAAAAUUUUUUGCGCAAACUAUACAAUCGUGAGAUCAGAGGUUGUUUAGCAGCACACAGCUAUGCACCGGAAGAAAGACUUUUUUCAACGAUUCCAUCGUUCGGUCAUUUGCCUCUAUACCAGGUCAUACCCAUGUCUGCUUUGGAAGCUGGACACAUAGUCAUGGGCUUGACACAAUGCGGCCAGUUUCUACUGACUUACACCUACACAAUGGAUCUCAGAGGGAACGGUUCUCAUUACAAGUACCUGUUACAUUGGUGGGCUUUUGCCCCGAAAAAAAUAGCCCGCAAGGUUGCAGAAGUUACACUCUUCGACAAUUAUUCGAUAUGUCGAGAUCUCGAUAUAGUUAUAGCACAGUGGCCAACCGAUAGGAGCAAACUCGUUAUCCAUGGCCUGAAUGCCGCAUGGGCAAAUCAACAACAAACGACUGAUAGAGCGUACUUAACAAUAACCACAGUACCCUCCCUCGAGAACUGUCGCGAUUGUAUGAAAAUUGCGGCGUCCUACGAAGAAGAAGAACUCGCGGACAAUUGGGACGGCUGUGUGCAAUGUAAUUGUCUCAUUCAUGGUUUGACCGUGCACACGACUUACGAGGUCAUCUCACCAUUUCCGAGUUUCCGUGCUUCGGUUUGCCUGAAUUAUUGGAAUCAUAUUGUCGUAAAUACAGGCAAUUUUUUGCACACGUUGAGAGUAGAUUUACGCGUACCAAAGUGUAAAAAUGCUCAACCUAACGGUGAAAAAGAAGACGAUGUAAUGGGUACGAUGGUUACAUUGGACGUGAGCGACGUUGAGGAUAUCGAGGAAUCGAAAAACGAAUGUUACGACAAAAUAGAUCGAGAAAGUUCGUUCGAACAUUCGCCACCAAGCUCGGAAUACAUUGUCGAUGAAAAUGGUACCGAUGGGAGUAAAAAUUUCGAAGGUUAUAACACACGAGACAACAAUAUUUAUAGCUUUAAGAGUUAUUCGGAUAACGAGAGAAUUCGAGAAGGCAGUGAUUGUUCGUUGACGGAAAAUUGUAGUGACUCAAUAGAAUUGGAGAGCAGUAUGAAUUCGGCAACGACAACGACGGGAGGCAAUUCCGUGAGACGAAUUCACGAGCAACGUGCCAUAUCGGUGAGGGACAAAAUACUGCAAGAUUUUUGCGACGAUGUGUCACAGGAGUUGAAUAUCGGUAGUGAUCUGAUAACGCUAGUGAAACAUUCCGCUUGUUCGCCACGCUCGACGCCACAACGAUUACCGUCCUCCGAUCUCAAACAGCCGAUAUGGCCGUCCUCGAUAUUAACACCGCCCUCUGAUAUUUUGAGUACUCGCAAUUCCGAAUCUAGUCAUAAUAAUCAAGAUUACUGGCGUCGUAACAAAAGGCCCGUUUCGCCUCAACCGAGUACCUCCAACGAGUGGAGCAACGUCAGCGUCACUUCGAUCAAUUCACCAUUGCACACCCUUUCCAUAAGUCCGUCGCCAUCAUCUUGCUGCUCGCCGAGGCUUAUGUCACCCCCGAUAGUAACACAAUUUCGACAUCCAAGCCCGAGAAAGCGGGCUAAUCUCAACUCGCCUCCUUUGCCACCCCCUCCGCCUCCGCCGCCAAAUUUAACGACUGCCAUCGCUUCCACAACCAUCACGGUACAGCCGAGAACGCGAGCCUCCCAUAAAUUAAAUCUCGAGGCGGAAAAAGCUUACGAGUUUACCGACGACGCUCAAGAGACUUGCGAAAAGUUAAGCUCUUUCAGGAAACGUCGUUUGGCUGAUAAAAAAUACGAAUUCCGUGACGAGGCCGAAGACACCGAAAACAUUGUGCCCUUUAAACACAUGAGAGAUCAAUUCAAACAUCAUCGUCAUUGCUCCGGUCAUCGCUUGUCAUCGAGAGCUGUUUCACUUGCUUUGUCGAACAAUCGAUGGCCUAUCAAUCGUUACGAUUCCGAUCAGAGUGAAACCGAUGACGUUUGCUCCGUCCAGGAUUGUCUCAAUUACAACGAAUACCAAUACUCUGAUACAGAAAAAUCGGUCCUAAGACCAAUUAAUCAGAAUCAACUGUCAAACGGUAACACUGCGAGGGACCGAUACGGCAAAUGUUACGACUCGACGGCAUCGCCACUGGUACCACGUGUUUCUCUCGAAUAUCCGACUAUUAAAUGUACAGCACACUUUAAACGCAGUUAUAUAGAACUAGACGAUGAAAUGAUAUCCGUAAUCACAGAUGUCGAAGAUGAUGAAACCGGUGGUUACGUGAGUUACCAAUGCGUUUUACCCAUGCAUGUGCAUGGCUCGGGAUAUGUGCAAAUGCAGAUGAUCAGUAAUGGGAAAGCUGAAAAAAUGAUGUUACCCUCGGUAUCGAUUACCCAAUUGAGCUUCGAUAUCGAAACAUUUUCCCAUCACAUUGCCGACUGGAUCUGCAAGAGAUUUAAGAAGAAAUAUUGGCACUGCAGUGACUAUGACAUCGAGAUAAUCGACGUAUGUGCUAUAAGCGGUGACGUUAUCUGUCUUCUGAUAAUGAAAAUUCAAGCGAGUGAGGACUGCAGUCGCCCACAUUGCUCUCAAGAGAGGAAACAGUACGAAGUCGGCUGCAAAUAUACAUGGAAUCUUGAAACUAAUCAAUAUCGUAUUACCAACGUUCUCCCGUUAAUGGAAAUCAAAUCAGAAUCAUGGAAUUCGAAUUUUUCGGGCGGUGGAAAUGCUCUGGGACCGCUUUGGAAUCCAACCCGUUUAAUUGCACCCCUGUUGCGAUGCAAAAGCCAACAACCAUAUGCCAGAUCCGUACGAUUUCUCCAACACAAAAUGGGAUUCACAGCUUACCCGAUAACACACCUACACGAUCUUGAUAAUCUUGUAUCGUUUUACAUAACUCCACUUCCUGACGAUAACGUAGAAGACUGAAGAACAAAUAAAUCGAAUGAAUUCGACGCAAAAUCGGAUGAAUCAAUUCGACAAUGAGACGCUACGAAGCAAAUAAAUUAUUCAUUGUCAUAAAC